AUGGCGAAGAAGCAUCGAGUAAAGCGACAAAAGUACGUGGAGCACCUUCUCCAACUGGAAAAGGAAAGAGAAGCGUAUUUGGAGAAGCGCAUGCGGCCCAAACGUAGCCGAGAAGAACGUGUUGGAGAGGAACGCUUUGGUGAGGUUGAAGAGAAUCUUAUGUCAGGCGAUAAGAAGCGAGGUCGCAAGGAGAUGGCAAAUGAAGAAGAAGUAAAUCCGUCUCUGCCUACCACAGGAAAAGGUGGGGAUACUAACAUGUCUGUAAAGGUUGAGGAAAACGAGAGCACAGCAACGGCUGAUAUCUCAGUAGCAGGAGCAAAGACUGGUAAGCGAGUGAAGAGAAGGUAUUAG